UACGCCUACGUGCUGUACGUCCUUGAUUUUCCAUAGCAACCGGAGAGAAUCAAACAUGGCGUCCGGGAAUCAACCAAUCCUCUCGUCGGCUCCUCUGCAGGUGCUCUUCUACCUGAACAGCUGGUACUUCGCAGCCUUCUACCUGGCAGAGGUCCUCAUGUUCGUCUACAAAGGGAUUUUACUGCCGUACCCGUCAGAUACUCUGGUUCUGGACGUGGUCCUGCUGCUGCUCUUCCUGGCCCUGGAGACCCUGAGGAUCUUUUAUGCCAACAUGCGCCCUGCAGACUGCGGCGGCGGCGCUGAGGAGCCCGGCUGCAGACAGACCCGAUGUUCUCCUGAGGCAGAGGACAUGAAGCUGAACGUUCU